GACGGCAUCUCCAGAGCGGGUGAUCGAGCGCACCCUCUCCUCUCAGACAGAGCGCUCCGGUAACGGUGCGGUGCUAAGCUCCGGUAACGGUGAAAACGGCUUUGUUUACCGCUAUAUUCACUCCAGCGACGAUGGCACACAAUCACGUUAGACGACAGAUGUCGGAAUCAGCCCUAGCUAACGGAAACCGGUGUCGUUGUGUGGCGGGAAGGUGUUUGUUGUUUAGCUUAGCUUAGCUUAGCUAUAGCUGCUUGUUUUUAACGGUUUACCGGGAGUUAGUUAGCCUCGGGAGGAGACAGAUAACCGGUUCAAGUUAACGGUUAAAUCUGUACCGGGACUGCUCCACGUGAUGGACGGAGGAGCGCUGCUGCUUUGGGACAAACGGAGCCGGUAAAACCUGCAGGAUGCUAACUAGCGGAUGUAGCUAGUUAGCAUCAGGCCUGAGUACCAGCACACUUCCUUCCUUUCCUUCCCUCCUCUCCUCGCUCCCUAGCUGCCCCAGGAGUACAGACCCUCUUCUUCCAUGAUCACGAUGGAGUCAGCCCUGAACCCGCUGCCACAGUUCCCAGAAAACUCCUAUAAAAUGACUGAGGAGGAUGUGAAGAGGCUGAUUGAGUUCAGGGCGUCCAACGAGGCUCUGUUCACGGGGAAACGAAACUCUGCCAAAAUAGCGUGGAGCACCAUCUUAAAGGGCCUGGGUCUGGAGGGGAAGCUGACAGCUGACCAAAUCGCCAAGAAAUGGGACAACCUUCGGACAAAAUACAAGGACCUGAAGCAGCCCUACCAGGGCCAGGACCACAUCGGGGGUGUCGUCGAGUCGUGGCCCUGGUUCCACAUCAUGGAUGAAGCCAUGCACGGUCGCCUCUACAACAGCAACCUGGUGCUGAGCCCGGAGACCGCCGGUAACGCCGGCCACCGCUGCAACAACCAGCCCAGCCAGAACCAGGAGAACACCGACAUCCUGGAGUUCCUCAUCAAAACGGAGAUGGAGGACACGGUGGCGCAGGAGGCUGCAGAGCAUGAUGGGACGGGCCACGCGGAGGCUGCUCCUGCUGAGGGAGUCCCUAUGGGCUGGAGGAGAAUGAGCGAGUGCUCCUAUAAAAUGACCGAACCAGAAACGGAAAGAAUGAUCAAACUUCGAGCUGCGAACGAAGCUCUCUUCACCGGCAGGAAACAUUCAGCCAAACCAGCCUGGAGAGCCAUCCUGUACGAACUGGGUCUGCAGGGGAAGCUGACCACCGAUCAGUUGGCAAAGAAGUGGGACAACCUGAAGAGGAGAUACAAGGUCCCUCUGUGGACGAUCUGUAGAGCUUUCUGUCUCUACCAGGAGCUGAAGUUUCCCGCUCGAGGUGUGGAGACCAACCCGAGCUCCUGGCCCUGGUUCUACCGAAUGAACGACGCCAUGGAGGGGCGCUUCGCCGGGGGGGCGCCCAUCCUCACGCCUAUCGUGGAGGAUGAAGAUGAGGACUGUGAGCCGCUGUCGCCGACGCCCAAGAAACGAGCCCGCCGCAGCCGAGGGGGGAUGGCGGAGUUCCUGACGGAGUCGGAGAUGGACCUGCUGGUUGAUAAUGAAGACAAGAACGGGUCCACGGCUCUGGGAGAUCUGCAGCGGAUGGCCGAGUUCACUUAUAAACUGACAGAAGAAGACACCAGGCGACUAAUUGAGUUACGAGCCGCUAACGAGUCUCUGUUUACGGGGAGGAGGAACACUGCCAAGCCGGCCUGGAGGGGGAUAGUGAAGGAGAUGGGUCUGACGGGGAAGAUAACACCUGACCAGGUCGCCAAGAAGUGGGACAACCUGAAGACCAAAUUCAAGGACCUGAAGUUCCCUCCUCGAGGGAUGGAGGGCCAGACUAACCCGGCCUCCUGGCCCUGGUUCCAGCUGAUGAGUGACGCUCUGGAGGGACGGCUGGCGGGAAAAGCUCCCAGAGUGACGCCCGUCUGGAGCAGCGAGGAGGACGGUGUCUUCGGCUCGUCUCCGCCUCCCGACAGAGACUGUCUGAUGGCGGAGAGGAGCAGCGUGUCGGAGCUGGAGAGCAUGGUGGGGGGCGACACCGCCGAUGCUGAUGGGAACGUAACCUACAUCGACGCCAGUGGAGAGGAGUGUUCGACGCCCUCAGACCUCUCCUAUAAAAUGACGGACCAGGACACCAGGAGGAUGAUCAAACUGAGAGCUGCUAACGAGGCGUUGUUCACCGGGAGGAGAAACGCUGCCAAAGCUGCCUGGAAGGCCAUCCUGAAGGAGCUGGGGCUGCAGGGGAAAGUCUCAACCUACCAGAUGGCAAAGAAAUGGGACAAUCUGAAGAGGAGAUACAAGGAUCUGAAGUAUCCUCCUGUUGGGAUGGAGAACGUAGCAGACAGCACGUCCUCCUGGCCGUGGUUUAACCUGAUGAAUGAAGCCAUGGAGGGCCGCCUGACGGGCAGCGCCCCCCUCCUCACCCCCGUCACCCAGGACGACGAGCAGCACCCCGACCCCGCCCCCAGACACAGGUCCAGGCCCGCCCCUCCCCCUCCCCCCUCAUCCUCCUCGGACUACGGACAGGAGGCGUUCAGCGACGCCGGCGAGCAGAACCAGCGCGUCUCAGAGGCGUGUGACGGGCCGCUGGGAGGACUGGAGAGGGAGUGGGAGAUGGUGGAGAGGGAUAGGGCAGCGCUGGAGCGAGACAGGGAGAUGGUGGAGAGAGACAGGGCGUCGGUGGAGAGAGAGAGGGCGGCAGUGCAGGCCGAGAGGCUGUGGCUGGAGAGGGAGAGGGCGGCGGUGGAGCGGGACAGAGCCAUGGUGGAGCAGGAGAGGGCCACGCUGGGCCGAGAGAGGGAGGUGCUGGACCAGAGGGCCUUGAUGCUGAACUCUGUAGGACACUCUGGACACCUCAACUCCCUCAUGUAGUCCAGCUGGGGACGUAGACCGUCCCUGUAGAGACAUUCUGGUCUGUGGUGGAGGUCUGGACCUUGUAAACCUCACUGACAGACCACACAGGAAACAUAGACCUGGUUGGUCUUCCUCACAGAGCUGGUCUUGGAGACGUACACCACCUGUGGAUGUAGACCAUUUCAACAGGAGGGCUGCACACUUCAUUAAAUCUCGUUCAGCCUC